CGUACCCGAGGCUAAAUGGUAGUUUUGGCAGAAAGUAAACCUCUAACGGCCCGUCAGAAGGCAGCAGUACGUCUUCUCAUACUCAAAGAACGCGAAAAGAAUCGCAUUGAGAGUGAGAAGAAAGCAGCAAAUGAGAGGAAGGAAGAAGUCGGGGAAGGCAGCGAUGGAGUGCGUGUAGAGAAGGAAUGCACGAAGGUUGAUGAGGAAUCGGGUGAGAAGGAGGCACAACAGUCUGCAGAAGAGAAACGUCGCUCCAAACAAGAAACUAUCGAGCAGAUCAAGAAGGAACUGUCUCAUUUGGAAUCUCGCUUGGAUGAGCUGCAGAAGGAAAAACAUCAAAUGUUCUUGCAAUUGAAGAAGGUGUUACAUGAGGAUGAGAAGAGAAGACAAGAUCUCGCUGAAAGGCCAUUGGAACAUCAACCUUCGAUUGAAAGUGUUUCUGAUCAGCAGGAGUUUAUAUCUGCAGACUUUGGCCCUCGAACUCCACCUGAGCCACCACCUCAUUCUCCAGGUGAACCAGAAAUCUCUCCUCUGAAGCCUCCACUUCCUCCUCUCCCACCAGUCUCCGCAUCUCCACCUGGACCACCUCCCAAGAAACUCACACUCAACUUAAGCAUCGAACAAGACAGUGACAGUCAUUCGAACCAAGAAGCCACCACAAUGGACAUCUCACCACAACCGACUACCUCUUCAUAUAAUCCACCACAAUCCACUCCCGUCUUGUCCACCCCGUCUUUUUCCAGUCGAUCGUUCAUUCAACAGUCACCACACACACAACCACCGUUUGCAUUCUAUCAAGCGUUUAAUUCGGGUGCUGGCUUUCUCUUAUCAUCUAACAGUCCCAGUCUUACACCACAACCUCACAUGUCAGCCUCAGCUCAACAGAGUCAGAGUCAACUACGACACCUUCUCCAGCAGCCACUCAAUAUGCUGCACACUCCUGUGGCUCACCAUUUACCCAUAUCUCAUCCUGCUAGUCUGUUUCCUGUCUCGCCGUCGGCAUUAAGGCCUGGUGGACUCUUGAAUUUUGUAACGGAGCGGCAACAGAAGCAGCAACAGCAGCAUCUUCAAGCACCUUCACUUUCAUCAACUAGUCCUCGAGUGCCACUUCAACGAACUCCAUCUCUCAUGUCUUUGCAGCCAAGACAAAGUCAUGUACAGGGUGCAUACAUUACAAGCCACAGAGAUGCUCCAUAUCCUCCACAAAUUCCAUCUGACAUAAGAGGUGCAGGAAUUUUGGGAGAGCACGGUCGCAGCCAGAGGUUUCCACAGUCGAUGUAUGGUAGCGGGGCAACGAGCUAUCACCCAGUACGACAGCCAUCACAACACCAGCAGUCAGGCCCAUAUCAUAAGCAGUACAGCAUCCGCAGAUCAAGCUAUCCAUACUACUAGUAUUGAGCUGCUUGAUAUGAAUGAUGUGCAAUGUGUCAAGUUUGGAUUUGGAUUGUAGUCGUUGUAUAGAGAGCCGUGGAGCGUGUAGUGCGAUAUGCUCGCUUUGUGAGGAUCACGAGUAACACUGCUAUGAUUGUGUGUAUCCUAUAUUGCUGCACAUUGCACACGCUGUAGAUCAUAUUGAUAAUGCCAAUACAUAUUGUCAA